UUUGUUACUGGAAAUAAUAUCAAAAUGCAGCUGCUCUAUUUGUGCACUUUAUUGUUGGCCAGUCUUGGCCAUGUGUUUGGCUACUCCUACUUGAUGGUUAUGCCAACAACAGCCAAGUCGCAUUUCUAUGUUGGACAAGCUCUGGCCAAGGGAUUGGUGGCUGCAGGACACGAAGUGACGGUGCUCUCGGCAUUUCCACAAAGGAAACCUAUUAAAAACUUAUUGGAUGUGCCCUUACCGGGCAUAAUACCCAUUAUGGAUGCGCACAAGGCGCGAAUACUCGAGAACGCAAAAAAGCCUCUUAUAAAACGUCUGCCUACUUUCCAUGGAAUGGGUCUGGACAUAACCAGAGCUUUGCUGGAGGAACCAGCUGUUCAAACACUGCUCAAAGAGAAUCGCACCUAUGAUGCAGUUAUAUGCGAGGUCUUCAUAAAUGAGGCACAUUUUGGAUUCGCAGAACAUUUCAAUGCACCACUCAUCGGACUCAGCACAUUUGGCGCCUCCUCGUGGACUACUGACAUGGUUGGCACACCUUCGCCGCUCUCGUAUGUGCCAAAUGUUAUGCUGCAGUUUAGUGAUCGAAUGAGUUUCUGGGAACGCACUCACAAUUUCCUGUACUCAGCCUACGAGUUUGCCUAUCAGCGAUUGUUCUAUCUGCCCAGGCAGGAGCAGCUCUAUCGCAAAUUCUUUCCGAACAACAAGCAAGACUUCUACAAGAUGCGUGGAAAUGCGUCACUUGUGCUGCUAAACAAUCAUGUGUCGCUCAGUUUUCCACGACCAUAUGCACCCAACAUGAUUGAAGUGGGUGGCAUGCAUGUGCAACGCCAACGCAAACCGUUGCCCCAAGACAUCGAGGAGUUCAUUAACGGUGCCAAAGACGGUGUCAUCUACUUCUCCAUGGGUUCCAAUUUGAGGAGCGCCGACCUGCCAAAGCCCAAACGUGAUGCGCUGAUUGCCACAUUCCGUGGACUAAAGCAGCGCGUGUUGUGGAAAUUUGAGGAUAAAAAUUUACCCGACAAACCAGAGAAUGUCUUCAUCUCAACGUGGUUCCCCCAGGACGAUGUAUUGGCACAUGAGAAUGUCAAAUUGUUCAUCACUCAUGGCGGUCUGCUGAGCACCACCGAAUCGAUUUAUCAUGGCACGCCUGUGCUGGGUAUUCCCAUGUUCGGUGAUCAGUUCAUGAAUAUGGCACGUGCCGAACAAUCUGGCUACGGAGCUGCAGUCAGAUUUGAUCAACUAACAGCCGAAAAGCUACGCAGUGCAAUAGAUAAGAUUAUCGGAGAUCCCAGCUAUACGAUUCAGGUGCGUGCCAUGUCUGAGAGGUUCCGUGACCAGCACGAAACACCUUUGGAACGUGCUGUCUAUUGGGUGGAACAUGUGACUAGGCAAAAAGGUGCCAAGUACCUUCGUAGUGCCUCACAAGAUUUAUCGUUCAUACAGUACAAUAAUUUGGAUGUGCUAGCACUGAUCUUUGGUGGGCUGAUCCUAACUUUACUUACUAUUAUUGGCUUGUUGGUGUUCAUAGUAAAAUGCAUUAAAAACAAGAAA